AAAAGAUCUGCAGGAAUCGGAAAUGCAUCAGUUUUUGUUUGGGAGUCAUAAACUGACGAAACAUGAAGUUACUGGUUUCAGUGGCGCUGAGCGCGCUUCUUGUUUUGGCCAGCGCAGACGAAAAGGAAACCAAAGCAGCAGAGACCAAAACCGCAGAGGCCGUUGACUCUAACAAACAACCAGAAAAACGUGGCCUUGAGCUCGGUUAUGGCGGUGGUGGUCAUGACUUCGGUGGGCAUGAUUUUGGCGGUCAAUCUUAUGGAGGUCAAUCUUAUGGCGGUCAAUCGUACGGCGGUCAAUCCUACGGCGGCCAAUCUUACAGCAGCCACAGCUUCGGUGGCCAGGAUAACGGCGGCCAAGACUAUGGGGGUGAUCAUGAACAUCAUCAAAAAGUGAUAACUAUUUACAAGAAUGUACCUGCUCCUUAUCCAGUAGAAAAGCAAGUCCACGUUCCAGUAGAGAAGAAGGUACCUUACCCCGUGAAAGUUCAUGUCCCACAGCCCUACCCAGUCGAGAAGGAAAUUCAUGUUCCAUACAAGGUCCCAGUUCAUGUUUCAGUCCCAGUUCACAAACCUUAUCCAGUUGAGAAACAAGUACAUGUACCAGUCAAAGUUCACUAUGAUAAACCAUACCCUGUCAAAGUACUCGUGCCCCAACCUUACCCUGUCGAAAAAACCGUCCACGUACCAUACAAGGUCCACGUACCAGCACCAUAUCCAGUAGAGAAGAAAGUUUACUAUCCGUUCAAAGUGCCAGUCCAUGUUCCAAAACCAUACCCAGUUGAGAAAAUCGUUCCAUACCCAGUCAAAGUACAUGUUGACAAACCAUACCCAGUUCACAUUCCAAAACCUGUACCCUACCAUGUAGAAAAGAAGAUUCCAUACCCAGUCGAAAAACCAGUACCAUACCCAGUUAAAGUAGCUGUAGACAGACCAGUUCCUUACACUGUAGAGAAACCCCAUCCUUAUCCAGUCAAGGUUCCAGUUCCAGCACCAUAUCCAGUAGAAAAGAACGUUCACGUACCAGUUGAAAAACCAGUACCUUAUCCAGUAAAAAUCCCGAUUUUCAACCCUGUUCCCGUUACCGUUUACAAGAAGGUGCCUGUAGAGGUUGAAAAACCAGUCCCAGUACCUGUUAAGGUGAUUGUUCCAGUCAAAGAGGAACAAGGCCAAUAUGGCGGACAGUCCGAUUACAGCAGUGGACAAGAAGAUUAUGGCGGUCAUGGCAAUGGAGGUGGUUAUAGUGGUGGAGAGGGUGGUUAUAGCGGAGGAGAAGGUGGUUAUAGCGGUGGAGAAGGUGGUUAUAGCGGUGGAGAAGAACACCAUCAAGAAUAUCAUCAUUGAAGACUUCACUAAUUUAUUAUUUCACCGUACCUUACCCCUUGUCAGUAUUAUAUUUUGUCUGUUUUCUCAUUGUGAUCUUUGUUAUACGUACUAUGUAAAUAAAAAACUAUUUUUAUAGCGAA